AUGAGUUGGAUUCUGAUUCUGACUGUGUGGUUCUAUUGUCUCCAGGUGAUCUGUAAGUCAGAUGCUCCGACAGGGGACGUGCUAUUGGACGAGGCUCUCAAACACGUGAAGGAGACACAGCCCCCAGAGACGGUGCAGAGCUGGAUUGAGCUGCUCAGCGGUGAGACGUGGAACCCUCUGAAGCUACACUACCAGCUGAGGAAUGUGAGGGAGCGCCUAGCCAAGAACCUGGUGGAAAAGGGCGUGCUGACCACGGAGAAGCAGAACUUCCUCCUCUUCGACAUGACCACUCACCCGCUCACCAACAACAACAUCAAACAACGCCUCGUCAAGAGGGUCCAGGAGGCCGUGUUGGAGAAAUGGGUCAACGACCCGCACCGCAUGGACAAGCGGCUGCUCGCUCUCAUCUUCCUGGCCCACUCGUCUGACGUCCUGGAGAAUGCAUUUUCCCCCCUGUUGGACGACCAGUAUGACCUGGCCAUGAAGAGAGUACGGCAGCUCUUGGACCUGGAGCCAGAGGGGGAGAGCACGAAGACCAACGCCAAUGAGUUGUUGUGGGCUGUGGUGGCCGCCUUUACCAAGUGACCUGACCUUCCACCUUCAGACACCGGAGGGGGUUGGUUGGUUAAUGACGAUGGUGGUGGAGGGAGAGGGAGACGACAGGACAGUUUGGCGUGGGGACGGAGAGGAGAGGGCUAGUCCUGACUUGAGUUCACCUCCGCCUAGACUUUCUGAACAGAGUAGACCGCUCCAGGCCUGUCCGACGGUUUUUCUGUUUUCUUUCCUUGUAGAUAACUCUCUCACUCCUUCCUCCAUCGUGGUAUUUUGUGUCUCUGCGAGAUGCCAUUUUAAAUCGCUGACUUUUACAACAGGAAAAACAGAAAAACUCCCCUCUGAUGGAGAAACGUUUUUGGAUACCGGACCGACUGAAAAAUGAAGAUUCAAUCAUCUUUCUCUCUUCCUCAGAAAUGUCUUUCUUCAAAGUAUGUUAUGUAUUCUCUCCAGGUAUCUAGCUCUAACUCACUAGUAACGUGUAUUAAUCCACGGGUUGUUCAGUGAUGUACAUGCAGAUUCCAUGUACGUGAAACAUAGUAACACUAUAUGAAUACUAGAGAAUUAUUCUCCUGACAAGGUUUUUUGGGGGGGGGGGAUUUGAUUUCCUCUCCAACGUGAUGACAUCAUGACGACAUGGUCUGAAGUUUCCUGUUUCUAAUUUUACACUCGUGUUUUAUGAACGAAAAGCUUCUCUCGUGACGGUGUUUUGGUUCCAGGUAAAUGUGAGAGACCAAGGGAUUCAUCUGAAUUCUACCUUACUACAUAACUAUAUAUAUAUAUAUAAUAUAUAUAACUUAGUGUAGUAGUGUACUUUAUAGGGAAUAGUCUCUCUGUUACUUUUCAGAUGAACUAAUCCCUUUAGGCCAGUCUUGGUCUCAAGAGUUCUGCUGAGGUAAAGACAUCUGCAUUCAUAGGUUCGGUUUCGACUGGGAAAUAAGGUAAGCUUGUGUCUAUCUAGCUGGGAAUCAUAGUUUGACCAGGCCCCACUAGUGCACUAUAGAGGGAACAGGGUCCCCAUAGUGCACUAUAGAGGGAACAGGGUCCCCCUAGUGCGCUAUAGAGGGAACAGGGUCCCCCUAGUGCGCUAUAGAGGGAACAGGGUCCCCCUAGUGCACUAUAGAGGGAACAGGGUCCCCCUAGAGCACUAUAGAGGGAACAGGGCCCCCUAGAGCACUAUAGAGGGAACAGGGUCCCCCUAGUGCGCUAUAGAGGGAACAGGGCCCCCCUAGUGCGCUAUAGAGGGAACAGGGUCCCCCUAGUGCACUAUAGAGGGAACAGGGUCCCCCUAGUGCACUAUAUAGGGAACAGGGCCCCCUAGUGCGCUAUAGAGGGAACAGGGCCCCCCUAGUGCACUAUAGAGGGAACAGGGUCCCCCUAGUGCACUAUAGAGGGAACAGGGUCCCCCUAGUGCACUAUAGAGGGAACAGGGUCCCCCUAGUGCACUAUAGAGGGAACAGGGUCCCCCUAGUGCACUAUAGAGGGAACAGGGCCCCCUAGAGCACUAUAGAGGGAACAGGGUCCCCCUAGUGCACUAUAGAGGGAACAGGGUCCCCCUAGUGCGCUAUAGAGGGAACAGGGUCCCCCUAGUGCACUAUAGAGGGAACAGGGUCCCCCUAGUGCACUAUAUAGGGAACAGGGCCCCCUAGUGCGCUAUAGAGGGAACAGGGCCCCCCUAGUGCACUAUAGAGGGAACAGGGUCCCCCUAGUGCACUAUAGAGGGAACAGGGUCCCCCUAGUGCACUAUAGAGGGAACAGGGUCCCCCUAGUGCACUAUAGAGGGAACAGGGUCCCCCUAGUGCACUAUAGAGGGAACAGGGUCCCCCUAGUGCACUAUAGAGGGAACAGGGCCCCCCUAUAGAGGGAACAGGGUCCCCCUAGUGCACUAUAGAGGGAACAGGGUCCCCCUAGUGCGCUAUAGAGGGAACAGGGUCCCCCUAGUGCACUAUAGAGGGAACAUGGUCCCCCUAGUGCGCUAUAUAGGGAACAGGGCCCCCCCUAGUGCGCUAUAGAGGGAACAUGGGCCCCAUAGUGCACUAUAGAGGGAACAGGGUCCCCCUAGUGCACUAUAGAGGGAACAGGGUCCCCCUAGUGCACUAUAGAGGGAACAGGGUCCCCCUAGUGCACUAUAGAGGGAACAGGGCCCCCCUAUAGAGGGAACAGGGUCCCCCUAGUGCACUAUAGAGGGAACAGGGUCCCCCUAGUGCGCUAUAGAGGGAACAGGGUCCCCCUAGUGCACUAUAGAGGGAACAUGGUCCCCCUAGUGCGCUAUAUAGGGAACAGGGCCCCCCUAGUGCACUAUAGAGGGAACAGGGUCCCCCUAGUGCGCUAUAGAGGGAACAUGGGCCCCAUAGUGCGCUAUAGAGGGAACAGGGCCCCCCCUAGUGCGCUAUAGAGGGAACAUGGUCCCCCUAUAGAGGGAACAGGGUCCCCCUAGUGCACUAUAGAGGGAACAGGGCCCCCCUAGUGCUCUAUAGAGGGAACAGGGUCCCCCUAGUGCGCUAUAGAGGGAACAUGGGCCCCAUAGUGCGCUAUAGAGGGAACAGGGUCCCCCUAGUGCGCUAUAGAGGGAACAUGGUCCCCCUAGUGCGCUAUAGAGGGAACAGGGCCCCCCUAGUGCGCUAUAGAGGGAACAGGGCCCCCCUAGUGCGCUAUAGAGGGAACAGGGCCCCCCUAGUGCACUAUAGAGGGAACAGGGCCCCCCUAGUGCACUAUAGAGGGAACAGGGCCCCCCUAGUGCGCUAUAGAGGGAACAGGGCCCCCCUAGUGCGCUAUAGAGGGAGCAGGGCACCCCUAGUGCGCUAUAGAGGGAACAUGGUCCCCCUAGUGCACUAUAUAGGGAACAGGUUCCCCCUAGUGCACUAUAGAGGGAAGAGGGUGCUAUUUUGGAUGCAGAUAUUUGUCUGUGCCUCAGCCUUUCUUCAGUGUCUACGUUUCUGUCCGUCCGUCUGAACGUGAUUCCGUAACGAAGAAACGUCUCCGAUGAUCCAGUACGGAAUAAAAGGAUCAUCUCUUCUAGAACUUUCACCUGACUAUCACGUGUCUUUAUAGUCAUUCAGUUUUAUUUUUGUAACUUCUCAUAAUCAGAUUUGUCAUCGGUUGUGUCUGUUCACUCCAAAAGGUCUGAAAUGAAUAAAAUAAAUCAAAAUUA